AUGCCAAACCACCAUCGCGGAGGCCGGAAGCCAGGCUCAAAGGAGCUGACUGGCACGCAAAAGGCCGCAGUAAUUGCGCUACGCGAUUCCGGGCUCAAAUAUAGUCAGAUCGCCAAGGAGGCCAACGUAUCAGCGGAGGCGGCGCGCAAGAUCGUAUCUAAUACGAGGAAGAGCAUCAAUGGCUCCAACAACCUGCAAGAGCUUCUUGCGGAAGUAGACGCUUCUUCAAAGCGGCCGAAGAGGAGCGGCCGUCCUCGAAAGCAUCCGCGCCGUCCUGAGGUGCGUUGA